CGCCAAUCAGUCACGCAAUCGCAACGCGCCCGAUCAGUUUGGACAGCUCCUGGGAACAGAAACAGAUACAGAAUCAGCAGGAAACGCUAGAGCAGCUGCCAAAGGAACAGGACAUACAUCACAUCAGAAAGAGGAAGAUCAAGAAAGAAGGCAACAGAGACCAAGAUGCGUCAGAUUUAUGCGUUGCCUUUGUUACUUCUCUUGGCAUUGAGCCAGAGUCGUGCCGAUCUAUUUGGCUGUGAUGAAAAGUUGCCGGAGGCGCUGGCCGAGAUCGGCAGCGAUAUUGGAGGGAAGCUGUCUGAGGUCACUGGCGUGGAUGCCAGCUCGGCGAGUGCAGAGAGUGAGGUGCGGGACUUCUUCAAGAAUGUGGGCUGCCACAUCAAGAAGGGCGUGAGCAAAGCGGGCGAGCAUGCCAAAAAGCUGGGUGCCGAAUUGAAGGAGGGCGCCAAAAAGCUGGGCGAAAAGGCUAAGGAUCUGGGCAGUGAUAUUAAGGAACGGUUCGAGGGCUUCCGCGAUAAGCUCUCCAAGGAGUCGGUGGAGGAAAUGUCACAGGACCGCAGCUUCCUCGCUAAUGUGGAGAUCAUGCAGCCCGAGGUCCUGAAGGGGGAGACGCAGUGCGGCCAUGGCCACAUACUCGAUGCCUUGGGCAACUGCAGCAAGUUGAGGAAGUGAGCGAAGGAUCUCGCGCCCCACAGGUUUUCUCCGUUUGUCAUCUUUUCCACUACUUUGUCGUAUUUCCGUUUUUUUUGUUUUUUGUUUUUCUUCUUCGAAUUAAUAUUGAAGUGUGUGCAUUUUUUCUUAAUAAAACAUGUUGUAACGGGUAUAGGACAUAUCCCAGUAGAGUA